CUGUAGUUUUCACUCGCCGGAAUAAGCCAAGGGCCUACAUUUUGUUGUGAGUUGUCCCAGUUUUAUAUUCCAAUGUUCUUACACGGAUCUAAUCUGUUGGUUUUAUUUCUUUAUAUUUCUUUUGAAACGAGAAAGAGUUGAAUCCGAAGUGAAGACGCCGCAAAGACUAAGAUGUACUCAGCAGAUGUCUCGAAGAUGAGAAAAUCUGCAGGUGCUGGAAAUCCAAGCAAAUCGUGCAAAAUGCUGAAGGAACUCAGCAGGCCAGGCAGCGUCUAUGGAAAAGAGUUAACAUUUCGGGGCGAGCCCCUUCUCCAGUCCUGACAGUUCACUCUUUCCCAGGGACGUCCUGCUGGGUUACUCCAGCAUUUAGUAAGCGACCGUUGAACAGCAGAUGCCUCUUGCAAUCGUAACGAGAGGGAUGGCAAGCUUUGUUCUUCCAGUUUACGUUGUACCUCACUCUGGCAGUGGAGGAGGUCCCCCGCCGCACGAAUGAGAGUGGGGUUGAGAAUUACCCCGGUUUCAAAACCUGCAAACUGCAGUUUUAUUCGGUCAUUUACAAACACGUACAACUUCGGAAGUGACGAAACCCUUUUCCUGUCUGGGGUUACUUUCGCUUUUCUUGCAGUUGCAAACAGAGCCGGAGUCUUUCCUGGGGAAAGAAGAGCCAUCCGACUCGGUGUCCCAGCGGUUCGAUUUAAAGGAGAAAUCGAAAUGUCUUAUUUAAACACAGACUACAGCAACAACUGCAAAGACGCUCUUUGCCUAGAGGGCACAGUCACGGACUGGAGUACCCAUCGCUAUGGCCUUGGCUUUCUGCACUGACCACCCUGCCAUGUGGUUUCACUGGAACUGGGGUGGCCGCCUCCCUCGACACUGUGUGACUGAGAGGCUGUCGUUGAAAACCAAGCCCUUGGAGCUGGUGAAACUUUCGGCGGAGGUUCCUGCCCAGGAAAGGAUCCAGAUUGUCCAUCAGACCCUGCAUCACCUCCGCAGGAUCUACAGUAUGAACCUGAGCUCAGUCAGCUGGGUCCAGAGCUCAGUGGAACUCCUUCGGCUUCUGUUGGAUCGGCAGCUCAGAGAGCUGGAUGUGUGUGUCCGGAAACCAGGCUCAGAGACCAGACCAAGGAAGAAUGCCGCAAUUCUUAAAUACUUUCAGAAAUUGAGAGAGUUUCUGAAACAGAAGGGAUUCAGCAACUGUGCCUGGGAGAUAACCCGCACUGAGACCAUGACGCAUUUGAAACAGCUCCUUCUCAUUAUGGCAAAAAUCAGCAGAGAUCACUGAAGAUUUUCCAGAGUCAAUUUCAUGAGGGAUCAAGAUUUAUGACUAUUUAUUUAAAAUAAAUUUCAAGGAAAAGUA